GGAGCAUUAUGGGAUGGUUCUCAGUGCACAUCCCUCCCUCUCCUUACGCACGGUGCGCGGGCACGUCGCUGCUCACACGCCCGGGAGGAACUCGCUCCUUCAGGAGGAAGAACUUUCAGGAACUAUCUGGGAUUUAUUUAUCGUUUCUCCCGGAAUGAAGCUGCAGGAGUCCGGGAUUCCUCUGGAGCUCUGAUGGGAUUAUUAUGGGAUAUUAUGGGAAUAUUGGAGUGAUUGUUUCUGGGAUCCUUCCCCCCCCACUGAGGAGCAGGAGGCGGAGAGGAGCUCGAUGCGUCUGACUGGAGAAUCUGCACCGAGAACCAUGAGCUGCGGGUCCGGCAACUUCCUGCUGGUUCCCAUCCCGGAGUACCCGCUGCUGGACUGCGCCCCCCCCACCCGGACCGUGAAGAUCGUGGUGCUGGGGGCGAGCAACGUGGGCAAGACCGCUCUGAUCGUCCGGUUCCUCACCAAGAGGUUCAUCGGGGAUUAUGAAGCAAACACGGGGGCGCUCUACUCCCGAAAGGUCACCAUGGACGGGGAGGAGGUGUCGCUUCAGAUCCAGGACACGCCCUGCGUCGCCCUCCAGGACGAUCCAGAAGGUCUGUACUGUCAGGAGCAGAUCAACAGGUCGAUCUACUGGGCCGACGGCUACGUGCUGGUUUUCUCCAUCACCGACCACAGCAGCUUCCGAACCAUCCAGCCUCUCUACCAGCACGUCCGGCGCAUCCACCCGUCUGGGAACAUCCCAGUGAUACUGGUUGGAAACAAGAGCGACCUGCUCCGAGCGCGACAGGUGCCAGCUGACGAGGGCGAGUCGUUAGCUGCUUCGCUAGGAGGAGUUUACUUCGAGGCCUCGGCCCGGGAGAACCACGAAGGAGUCCACGGCGCCUUCCUCCAUCUCUGCCAGGAGGUGAUCCGAGCUCUGGGAGGAGGAAACGGCGAGAAGAGGCGAGGCGGCCUCCACCUGGCUCGACCCAAAUCUCCCAACAUGCAGGAGCUGAAGAGGAGGUUCAGGCAGGUCCUCUCCUCCAAGGUCAAGUCGGCCACAACUCUCUGAUCUCAGCCGGACAAAAUGAUCUGAAGCAAGAUCCCGACAGAGACAGAGACAGCUUCAUCGGAAGAUCAGAGUCGUGCAUUGUUCUUUGAAGGAGAAUUACAAGAUGUGUUAACGGCAGGAAGACGCACAGAUGAACUUCAGGAGAGAAGAAGAUGUCGUCUGAAGAGAUGAAUAAAGACAAAGACUGAAUCUCUCAGGCAGCUGAGCUCGUCUGAUGAUCAGAGCCGAGGCACAGACUGAGAAUCCAACAUGGCGUGUUUUUAACGUGAUGGAUAUCGAGCUUCUGUGAAAACACGUGAGGAUCCCGAUCCUCCGAACGCCGACGUCAUCGUGUCUCAGUUUCCUUCAAGCUGAAAAGUAAAUUUAAUCCAUCAAGUCAAUAAAGAAUUACUGAAUUCAA